GUAGUGAAACUGGGGGACAAGGCCUACAUAUAAUCCAUAAUCAUCAAUGAUAAUAGGCCUGUAAGUGCGCCGCUAGAGGCCAAGGGUAACCCCAAAUUUCUAUCAAUAAUCCAGAGCAAUAGGCUAAAUGAACUGCACUAAUGUUCUUGUUCCAGCUGUGUCGGUUCGAUCCUGUUCUGCAUUCACAAGGACAAUUGUCUGUCUCGCGCUUUCAAUUGGUUCGAUGAAACACCAUUACAUCAGGAUUCGAUGCAGCUUGACUGAUGUAUGGUCAGGGAUGUGGCAUAUUUCUUCCACUGUCACGCAGCUAUUCUAGAGUUGGAGGGUGAGGGAGACAGUGGGAUAGCAACAAGAUGAGAGGCUGAUAAACUGUCCAGAAUAACUUAACAGCUGGAUACUUCAUUGAGAUAAUUACUUUCCCCUUUCAGCAGAAACAGCGUUGGGUUAGUUAAUUGGAAACAUUUCAGAUUUUCUUUUAAACCAGACCCUUUUUGGACAUAUAGGCAUUUGUGGUGCACAUAUCUUGAAGGAUUUCGUAUUAAUUUGUCAUUCAUACAGAACAUAAUUAACACCGGUAACCAGCUGACAGAGUGAUGGUUGUUCAUCUUCUGGAGCUAUGAUCUCUGAGGCUGACAGACAGGGAGCAGUUAGACCCAAGAGGUCACCAUCAGACGGGCACAGGGACAGGGACAGGGACCGCAGCCCCAGACAGAGAGCAGAAGCUGAUCAACACUAUGUUUUACAGGAGAGACAUCAGGAGGGCAUCGACGACCUCCCUGCAGGGAAGAGACAAAUGAUGGAGAAGUUUUUCACUCCUGUUCAUAGUCCUUCUCCAGGUGGGAUGAAACCAGGGAAGCACCGCCAUCACAACCCCGAUCAUCACCACCAGCACCGGGAUCAAGAACGGGAGACACACAGCUACAGCAGGUUACGGGACAAUGAUAGACGCAGCAGUGAAAGCCACGGUCACCACUAUACCCAGGGUAACCAUCCCCAAGAUGACCAGGAGCAACCCCUUAGACGCCACCAUCACCAUCCUCAGCACCUUCAUCAUGACGACGAGAUGUCGGACCACCACACCACCGUUACCCUCUCCAGAGCAUCUUCCUCCUCCCUCUCAUCUUCCCCCUCCGACUCUUCCACCGAAUGGUCCUCUGAGGCCGGCAUUGACGACAAGUUCUCCAUGAAGCACGCCAGCCGGCCGCAGCAUACCAUGUCCUGCUCCAACAUUGCGGGAGGACGACAGUUCCGUGAGGACGACAGCGAGCUGCAGGUGUAUGCCACCGUCAAACAGGGGCGAAUUCACGGAGGAGGCAGUCCUGGGACCCAUCCUCGGGCCCAGGGGAGGGGAGGACGCGAGCCCAGCUACUCCGAGCUAAACCGGGGCCACAGCCGCAGUGAAGAGGGGCUGCUGCAGAACACAGGAGCUGACAGAGGGAAAGUACAGACACCCCCACACCUGAAGCACGGAUCCCUCUACAAGACAGCCAGCCUGGGCCGGAGCCUGGCCUUCAGUGAAGAGGUCUUGGCUGGGCCGAAGAGGGCGGUGUCCUUUAUCCAGCUCCCCAGUAAAGGCAUCCUGAAAAACAAGGAGGCUCCACGGGACAUCCGCAAGGCCAAGUCCAUGGAGGUGCUGUCCCCCCGGGUGGCAGGCAAGGCGGCAGGGCCCAAGGGGAAGCAGGAUGUGGAUGCUCUGAAGGAUGCAGCCAGGCAGAGCAUGGUGAAGGGGAAGAUACAGUUCUCUGCAUUCCUGGAUGAGAUCACUAAACAGGUCAUCAGCCCCGCUCGUCUCAAUACUCUGGGGGUCCCUGUCGAGACGGUAGGACCAUGUCCAGCCAAAGCCCCAGCAUCCCCCAAAUCUCAACCGAAAAGUCAGCCCCAGCUUCCCUCGAAAAAGCAGGGAGAUGGGCAGGGGGAAGAGAGGGAGCCGGCUACUAAACCGCAGGCUCUGCCUAGGAAACUGAGGAAUGACUCUGACACACGGUCACGGAAAAUAUGUCUCCCUGCAAAGUUUGGGUAUGAAAGCAAGAACCACACUCCUCGUCUAGGCAGCCCCCCAACCCUCCACUCCAGCCAACCCUACCCGCCCCACCCACCAGCUGGCUAUGAAGACCAACCAGCUUCCCUGCCUGACUUCCAGGGUCCUGUCGGUAAUAGGCAUGGGCGGUAUGGCCCGCUUCUUACAGAUGGCACUGUCAGCUCCAGCCCUGAGCCCAGCCAUCACAAACACCGGAGCUACAAACACCUUGACCAGAGCCACAGGCCCAGCCAUAGCCCACCUUCAUCUCCACACACCCAGCAGCCCCAGCUACCCCACCACGCCCCGAUCCACACACAUUCUCCUCCUCCAGUACAAGGGCCAGAGUCGGAGUCUCCCUCCAGCAAGUCGGACUCGUCCCGGAACAGAGAACGAGACACGGCCAGCCCCAACUCCGAGCAGAGCGACCGCCACAGCCAGUCAACCUACCGCUGGUGUCCUACUUCAUAUAGGGCCCUGACGGGUGACAUAGGCGAACUCCAGACACUGCAGGAGCAGAAUGCUGAGCUGCACCAGAACCUGAUGCAAACAGUGGUCUGCAUCGAGAGCCUGGAGGCGGAGCUAGCCAGGGCCAGGGAGGAGCUUAGCCACAUGAAGGAGAAGUUCAAGAGGCUCCAGGACACACACACAGGUACCCAGCACACCAACAGCCUUCUGGGGGAGAAACUGCACUCAGCGACUGAGAGCCUUAGCUCUGAGAGGAAGUAUAUGGUGCAGCAUAUCGCCCAUCUCAGCACAGAGCUGGAGCAGGCCAACGCCACUAUCGCCUCUCUGGAGAACAUCAAUGUUCCCUGUCUGAUCAAGGAGCUCCUGGAGAAGCACUUUGACUCUGGAGACGCUGUCAAGCAGUUCCUGAAGAACGCCUUGAAAACUGGCCAAUCUACGGGCGACAUCCAAUCACCGGGUCCAAAACUGGAGCAGAAGCCGUCUGAUUGGUCAGGCGUAGGACUGAGGGAGUUUGAGGCGGGUCCACAAAAGGUCACUGCUUUUAUGCCCUGGAAGCAGGAGGAGGAGGGGUUUGGGGUGAUAGGUCAGACAGGAAAUGAGGAUUCUGGCUCAAUGAGUCCCCCUUUCUCCGUUGCUGACAUCAGUAUGGCUAUCUAUAAGAAGCUAGCUGUCAGCCAAGCAGCAAGACAGCCCCGGCCUUCCAACUACCAACCUCACACUGACACCCCUCCCAACCCCUACCCGCUGGUGGAGUUGGGUGCCGGGGGUGCAGGAGGUGCAGGGGGGGAGGGUUACCUUGUGCCUGCUGUCAAGGGGUGUGUGGCAGAGGCAGGGAGAGCAGCUGAGAGUAAGCAGGGUGCUGUUGUUGAUGUGUCCUAUCUGACGGCCCAGAGGGUUUUAGAUGACUUCCUGCACCAGCUGACGCACCCAGAGGAUGGGAGUGGAGGUGGGGGGAGGGGAAACAAGGCCAACGGGGAGGGGGAAGAACUGACAAGAGGGGUGCGGAGUGAAAGGAACCUAUGAACUUCUGUAAUUGUAACCUAAUCUUGCAUAGGCUAGGAUUGUUCAAAUUGUGACGGUUUCUUUGUGAUGGUUUGUAGUUCUGCAUUUAGUUCUGCAUUUAUUUGACUCACUAAAUGUCACUAUACAUUUGAGUGAUAGCAUUGUAAAUAUUACAUUCUGUUUCCUUCCCAAAUGUCUUGUAGUGCAGUGGUAAAGAAAGUAUUAGACUUAAACAAUUAAUUUGCAUACUCACAGAAUAUAAUUAUUGAUUUAAGUUUACCAUGUGGUCCAGUUCCUUCUUUCCCUUAUGAAGUGAUGCAGAAUUGAAGGAGUUUUUGGUUCAUGUCUAGACAGUGAGUAGGAUUUUCUAUUUUAUAACAAUGACUGCUAUUUUGUAAGCUCCAGUAAGCCAUUGAAGUAACCUUCAUAUCUGAAAAACAUCAAUCCAGCUGCUACCCACUGUGUUUUGGGCUUUCAUGUCACAUGACCUAGAUUUUAACCUUUAUUUUAAGCCUUAUCCAGAGAUAUUAAUUACACCAACAAUGAAGGUAAUUGUCUGAGGAUGGUGCUGGACCAUCUGACAUAAAAAGAGAAGUGGACAGUUUGAUGAAAAUGCUUUAAAUAAAGGUUAAAAUCCAGGUCAUGUGACAUGAUUGUCCAAAACACAGGGCCCUACUUAUGAAUGCUAUGCUGUACAUCCUAAUAUACUCUCUUAGCUAAAACUGUAUAAAGUUGCUGUCACCCCCCCAAAUACAUUUCAUGUUGUAGAUCAAUAAAAGGACUGAUUCUAAAGA